CGUGCUCUCGCCUGAGGAGCCGCAGUCUCGAGUGCGUCCAGGCGGCGUAUAGGUAACCUCUGGCCUGCCUCUCCCGCGAACCCGGCGUGGUUGGACUGCAUCCAGGGCGGGGACGUACGCCGGGCACCGGCAGGAGCCAAGAUGCCGAUCAAUAAAUCAGAAAAGCCAGAAAGCUGCGAUAAUGUGAAGGUGGUUGUUAGGUGCAGACCCCUCAAUGAGAGAGAGAAAUCGAUGUGCUACAAGCAGGCUGUCAGUGUGGAUGAGAUGAGGGGAACUAUCACUGUACAUAAGACGGAUUCUUCCAAUGAACCUCCAAAGACAUUUACUUUUGAUACUGUUUUUGGACCAGAGAGUAAACAGCUUGAUGUUUACAACUUAACUGCAAGACCUAUUAUUGAUUCUGUUCUUGAAGGCUACAAUGGGACUAUUUUCGCAUAUGGACAAACUGGAACAGGCAAAACUUUUACUAUGGAAGGUGUUCGAGCUGUUCCUGAACUUAGAGGAAUCAUUCCAAAUUCAUUUGCUCACAUAUUUGGUCAUAUUGCAAAAGCAGAGGGCGAUACAAGAUUUUUGGUUCGAGUAUCUUACUUGGAAAUAUAUAAUGAAGAAGUUCGUGACCUUUUGGGUAAGGAUCAGACACAGAGGUUAGAGGUUAAAGAAAGACCUGAUGUGGGAGUUUACAUCAAAGAUUUAUCAGCUUAUGUGGUAAAUAAUGCUGAUGAUAUGGAUAGAAUUAUGACACUAGGCCACAAAAAUCGUUCUGUUGGUGCAACUAAUAUGAAUGAACAUAGUUCUCGUUCCCAUGCCAUCUUUACAAUCACUAUAGAGUGCAGUGAAAAAGGAGUUGAUGGUAACAUGCAUGUCAGAAUGGGGAAACUUCAUCUUGUUGAUCUUGCUGGCUCAGAAAGACAAGCAAAAACUGGAGCUACAGGACAGCGCCUAAAGGAAGCUACGAAAAUCAAUCUUUCCCUUUCCACCCUUGGUAAUGUAAUCUCUGCUUUGGUUGACGGAAAGAGCACUCACGUACCUUAUCGUAACUCUAAAUUGACUCGUCUUCUUCAGGAUUCCUUAGGCGGAAAUUCAAAAACCAUGAUGUGUGCAAAUAUUGGGCCAGCAGAUUACAAUUAUGAUGAAACUAUCAGUACAUUACGUUAUGCCAACCGGGCUAAGAAUAUUAAAAAUAAGGCUAGAAUUAAUGAAGAUCCAAAAGAUGCUUUGCUUCGUCAGUUUCAGAAAGAAAUAGAAGAACUGAAAAAAAAACUUGAAGAAGGGGAAGAAAUAUCAGGCUCAGAUAUCAGUGGGUCAGAGGAAGAUGAUGAUGAAGAGGGUGAGGUUGGAGAAGAUGGAGAGAAAAGGAAGAAAAGAAGGGGCAGUAGCAGCAGCAGUAGUUCAGACUCCACAUGUUCUGUCAUAGAGAAACCUCUGGAUAAGUUCUUGCCUAAUCAAGCAGGUAAAAAGAAAGUUUCCCCAGAUAAGAUGGUGGAAAUGCAAGCAAAAAUUGAUGAGGAGAGAAAAGCACUUGAAACAAAACUUGACAUGGAAGAAGAAGAAAGGAACAAGGCUAGAGCUGAAUUAGAGAAACGGGAAAAAGAUCUUCUUAAGGCCCAACAGGAGCAUCAGACUUUGCUAGAGAAAUUAUCUGCAUUGGAGAAGAAGGUAAUUGUUGGUGGUGUUGAUUUGUUGGCGAAAGCUGAGGAACAAGAAAAACUUCUUGAAGAGUCUAAUAUGGAAUUGGAAGAAAGGAGGAAGAGAGCAGAACAGCUUCGCAGAGAACUUGAGGAAAAAGAGCAAGAACGCUUGGAUAUUGAAGAAAAAUAUACUAGUUUGCAAGAGGAAGCACAAGGAAAGACCAAGAAAUUAAAGAAAGUUUGGACUAUGUUGAUGGCUGCAAAGUCAGAGAUGGCUGAUCUCCAACAAGAACAUCAGAGGGAGAUUGAAGGGCUACUGGAGAAUAUUCGGCAGCUUAGUCGGGAGCUUAGACUUCAGAUGCUUAUUAUUGAUAACUUUAUUCCGCAGGAUUAUCAGGAAAUGAUUGAAAACUAUGUCCACUGGAAUGAAGACAUAGGAGAAUGGCAGCUAAAAUGUGUGGCCUACACAGGGAAUAACAUGAGGAAGCAGACUCCUGUUGCUGAUAAAAAAGAAAAAGAUCCCUUUGAAGUAGACCUUUCUCACGUAUAUCUUGCCUAUACUGAGGAGAGCCUGCGACAGUCUUUAAUGAAAUUGGAAAGGCCACGGACUUCAAAGGGGAAAACAAGACCAAAAACAGGGAGACGAAAGCGUUCUGCAAAGCCUGAAACUGUAAUUGAUUCUUUACUUCAGUAAUGUUAAAGACUUACAAUAAAAAGUAUAGUGAUAUUCUUAUGCUUCGACAAAGUCUUUCAUUAAAACACUGCAGAUGGUUGUGUAAUUCCAAAUAAUGGAAGUUGUAGAUCAAGGAAUAAGACUGGAAAGAAUAAUUUGCCUCAUAACUUUUUAGUCUAUACUUAUAUUACUCUUAACAUUAAAAUUGUAUAAUCGGUAAUUGUUUAAAUUGUGCUAUUUCUUACUUUAUACUGUGUAGAGAAUUGGGGGAGCAGAUAAUACUAUAGAACGUUGCAACUUAAAAAUGUAUACAUAAAUCUACUGGUUUACCCAGUUACUGUAUAUUUAGAUGACCAGAAUUUCACAAGAGAAAAUAUAUUAUGUGUUCUGUUCUACACAUAGAAACUAGUAGAUGUGGUUGUCCUUCGUUGUGCCAUUAUACAUGAAUGUUUGGGCUGCAUAUCUAAAAUAUGACAUAAUGUUAACAUCCACUUGGCUUGUUAAAUAUGCUCUAAUUUUAUAACACUCAUUGCAUUUUAAGUGUGAGAUGAAUGAUCUUACUGGCUAUCUGUAGAGAAUUUUACUAUUCCACAGUCAGUCUUUGGAAGUAUUAAUGCUUUAAAAACAGAAGCUGAAGGUAUGUUUCAUUUGGAUCUCUCUUGACCUUUUUUGCCACUUUAGUCAAAAUACCAUUUUUUUUGGUAGUUUCAUGUUCUAUUGAAACAUGAAAUGUAAAGGAGUUACAGUUGCAGAAAGUUAAGAAGCUAAGUACUGAUCAUUAGUCUUUGCAUCUAUAUAUAUGAUUGUUAAAAUUCACUUUGAAGUGUCACUAAGGGAUGUAUCACUUUCCUUGUAUCUGAUUUCUAAAGUUUGAUGGAAAUUGUUCUUUAUCCAAUUGGGAAGAGUCUCUUAUUUUCUAGAAAAUACAGCCAACCAAGUAAGAAAAGUAUCCUUUAAUUAUUUGCCUUUAAAACACUUUGGUCUUUAAUAUUGUGUAAAAGGGAAAUAUUCUUCCUUAAAUUUCUUCUGUUAAAUUGUUCUUUUGUGGGCAGCUUACAAAAUUUUAUUUUUUUUAAACUAUGCUUCUCCUAAACCACUUAGCGAAUCUUUUUAUGAGUUUAAAAUUAUGUAAUCAGCCCUGGAAUAUAUCAGUUGCAAGUUUUGAGACUUCAUAAGUUAAUAUUUAUUAAAUUAGUGUAAUUUUAAUAGGUUAUAUACUGAUUUGUAAUUAUAAAGCUGUAUAUAAAGUGAGUGUGAGUAUGGUCUACCUGAGAAUUGGUACUAAUGUGUCCAUACAUUUAAAGUACAUUCCAAUGGUGGUGUAGUAAAUGUCCUGUAUAAGGUGAAUAUUUUAUAGGUCAUAAGAAUUGCCUUUAAUUGGUGCAUUUUCUUUGUAGUUUAUAAGAGAAGUUUAUCACUUUAUUCUGUGGGGCAUUGUCUAGAUACUGUGAAGACUUGAGGUGAAUUUGUCUUGUAAUUUGUGUAAGCAGGAUAUCUUGGCAGUUGUAGACACACAUUUAACUGUUAGUAAUUACUCUAGAAAAAUCUUAAUUUUACCAGUAGAAAAAAAGAUCUUAAUUUUACCAGUAGAAAAAAAGAUGAAUAAUCCUUUUUGAAAAUUAUGUUUCUGGCCUUUAACAGUUCAGUUAAUAGGAAAGGAAUAACUUUUGCAUUAAACUUUGAAACUAUGAAAAUUUUAAACCUGCAUAUUAGAUUCUUUUUUCUAUUCUACCCUACAAAAAGAAAUCUAUAACAAAUCAAAACAUAGUUUAAAAAAAAGAUUGCUGCAGUAGCUUUUAAAAAAAGCAUUUACAUUAGAACUGAGUAUACCAGAUAAACAUUAAAUAUUCUUCUUUGGAAAUACCAAAAAUUAUAUAUUUGAGCGAGGCCUGUAUAGCUGUAUUAAAACUCGGGACACUGACUUUAGAGGUCUUCAUUUAGCUCCAGUCAUAGCAGCUCUGUGCUUUCCAUUUUUACUGUCUUGGUCUACAAGUGGACUUUUUUGUAACUUCUUGUGUUAAUUUCAUGAAAGGAAAUAAAUGGACAAACUUACUCAUUAUUUGAAAUAGGUAGAUUUUGAAUGACAUAUAUAAAAUAAGUUAUUAAAUGGUUAUUCUCUUUUCCCUUUAAUUUAAAAGGUAGUAUUUAUUUAUUAAAAGGAUCCUUGGUGGAAUGUUAUUUAUAUAGUAUGUUCUUUGAAAAAUCCUAUAAUUAACAUACGUUAAUCCUUAGAAUAUUAAAAUACAAAAUAGUAUUUCUUAUUUUUGUUUUGAUUCUGUAAAAGUAUAGGAUUAAGGGAGAGAGGUCUGUGCGCAUGUUUUAUCCCUCAAGUAAAUCCAUUUGACAAGCUGUGAUACCUACUUUCUGAAAAAAAGAAAACAUUUUUUUUGCAGCAAGUUUAAAAAGUUACUUUGGGUAAAGGGGUGGUGCUACUUCAUCUGUAAAUUGUUAUUAAAAGUAUGAUUAUGGCUUUGGGGGGACUUUUUUGUUUUGUUUCUUUUUAGUCUUUUAAAAACUUUUUUCCCCAUAAUUCUUAAGGAAAUCCCUCUCUUUUCUAUAGGGCUGUGAAUUAAGGAAUGGGUAGAGUUUACAUUUAAGCACGCCAGUAUCUGCCCAAUUUCUUAAUGCAUACAUCUGUUUUCUUUUUUAGUUAUCCUUUGUUCUUAAAAUGCUAGAAAA